AUGCCGAGUUUUUUCCCGUGCUUCUCCCGCAGAGCGUUCACUCGAAGUCCCUCGAGGAAACGAACCAAGUCGUCUUCUUCCUCUUCUUCCGCGGCGGCAGCCCGCGCAGAUGCGCAGCGCGCUUCCUCCUCUCCUCACCAGACCGCGAGCGCUGCGCGCACGCAGUCCGUCUCCUCUUCGUCUGCCUCGUCCUCCACGCACCACCCGCGCAAGAAGGCCCGCGACGCCUCUUCACCGCCCUCUAGCUCCCCGCCUGCUGACCCGUCGCGCUUGGCCUCGCCGGGGGGGGGCGGCGGCUCCAGUGAGAAGCGCCUCGACGCCAUGGCGGAGCCUUCGGCGCGCGCCGAGGCAGACGCAUGCUCCGUCUCCCCGCGAGGAGGCGGCGCCGGAGGCUGCGGUGAGCUCCAGGGGCCGUCGCUCUCGGCAUCCUUCGCGCGGCUCGCCUCGCAGGGCGGCACCGCCCUGAGCUCACUGCCGUCGCUUCAGCGCCAGCAGACUGAACAGCUAGUCAAGUCCCUAGACUUCUACGUCUACGUGUGGGGCCUGAACGACAAGGGACAGCUGCUCAACGGCGCGUUCGGCUCCUCCGCCGCGGGCCCGGCGCAGGCUGGUCGCAGCCAGCCGCUCGCGCCGCUGACGAGCGGCCCGUCGCGCGUGAACAAGCUGCAGCACAGGACAAUUGCGGGCAUGAGCUGCAGCGCCGCGCACACCUUCAUCUGGGACUUCCACGACCUGCUGUGGGCUGGCGGCAGCACAGACAUUGGCUUGCGCACGCUUGGCAUCGACCUCGACGACGAUGACGCCCUCGACACCGGCGUCGUGCCCCGCGCCUCCCUCUGCGAAACGCUCGGCGACGUCGUCACGGUCGCCUCCUCCAACACCCACGCAGUCGCUGUACUCGAAAACGGAGCUGCGAUUUCCUUCGGGUCGAACGAAUUUGGGCAGCUCGCCCACGGUCCGGGCGAAGUCCAGCUCGCAGUCUCGCGGCCGCGGCUGAUGCUGGUUCAGCCUGAAGCCGCGUGCGCGCGACACGGUCAGGUUUCCUUCUCGAACGCGAGCUGCGGAGAGAACUUCUCAGUGCUCCUCAGCGCGACCGGCGUCGUCUUCACAUGCGGCGACAACUCGCAGGGCUGCCUCGGCCUCGGCGCCCCGCCCGCCUCUCCCUCGCCUUCCGCCGCCCCUCCUCCUGCGUCUUCUGCGGCCGCGUCCUCCUCCUCUGCUGCGUCGUCCAGCGCACCGUCCUCUCCUUCCUCAUCUGCCGCUUUUCCUGCCUCUGCUUCCUCUGCCUCUUCCGCCUCUGCGUCUUGCUCUUCUUCUUCCUCAGGUUCGGCUGGCGUGGCCUCCGCAGCGUCUCUGGUGUUGGUGCCGUCGCUCUACGCGGUGCCGGUGCGGCAAGUGGCUGCGGGCGCGCAGCACGUGGUGGCGCUGACGAUCAGCGGCGAGGUCUUCACGUGGGGACGGAACAAAGACGGUCGCCUGGGGCUUGGCGCGGCCUUCGCUGCGGCGCGUGUGGUUCCGACGCCGACCAAGGUGAAGCAGUUCGAGGCGCUCGGCGUGCGCGUCAAGUUCGUCGCCGCGGGCUUCAGCCACACGGGCGUCAUCCUCGCGGGCGGCGGCCGCGCGAUGCUCUGCGGCAGCAACUUCUACGGCGAACUGGGCCGCGACCCGUACUUCGAGGACGCGCCUCCCGCGCCAGCCGCGCUCGCGGGCUCUGGGCAGUGCGGCGACGCGAAGGCUGGUGCCGCGAGCGCGCCGCGCAAGCCGCGGGCGCCGGAGGACGUCUUGCUCUCGAGCUCGACCUUCCUGCCGCUCCGCGCCCUGGCCAAGCACCGCCUCAAGUUCCUCUCGCUCGGUCAGCACUUCUCCGCAGCCGUCACCUCCACGGGCAAGCUCUUCUGCUGGGGCAAAAACGACCUGCAGCAGCUCGGCGUCCCGCAGGCGAGCUCGUUCGUCCACCUUUCGCCGGCGUGCACUGCGCCGGCCUGCGACCUCGGAGACGCCGGAGACGCGGCGGGCCGGUCCACCGUCGAGGAGCAUCCGAAGCGGGAGGCGGACGACGCUGCGGCGGUCGCGGCCGCGCCGUCGCCGGCGGCGUCAACUCGCCCCGUGCGGCCGACUCUGCAUCCGUCGGCGCCGUAUUCGGCGGCCCCCAUUCCGUUUCAGAGCGCCGACGACUUGUUCUUCUACUUCGUGGCGUGCGGGGACUGGCACUGCGGCGCGGCGGCAGUGCCGGCGAGCGUGGCUGCGGCGGCGAAGCGGGGCGGCAAGAAAGCGGAGGCGGGUUCGAGUGCGUUGUGCGCGCGGUCGCCGAGCGGGAUGUCGCCCGAUGUGCAGGGCUUCUUCAAGUCGAUCUUUCGGCGGUCGCAGUCGCUGAUUGGCUGCGAGUUUCCGCCCUGCUCGCGGUCGUCGUCGCUGUGGAACGCGGGGCUCUCGCACGCGCCGAGCUGCUCCCCGUUCACCCUGACGAGUCGGUCGUCGCUUGUCUUUCCCGCAGGUCAGAAGACGCCGCAGGGCAGCGAUGCCGACGAGACAGGCGGCAGCCCAGGCGCAGCCGCACAGCAGCUCGAGAGUACGCUCUUCAAGUCGCUCAGCAGUUCGGCCUCUGCGUCGUCCUUCGGCGACUCCGCGCCGGCUGCCUCGUCCUCGUAUCUCGCAGGCGUCUCCGUGGAGGAGAUGCUGAUGCACAUCGAGGGCGCAGCGAGCACUGGCGACAACUCGCUUCUGAAGUCGAAACUUGCCCUCGUCUUCUCCGACGUCUACCGCCUCAACUGCUCCUUCGUUUACCCUGGCAGAGGCUGCCGACCCGACUUCGCGGGGCUCGACGAGGUGUACGCACACCUGCCGCAGAGUCUGCUGCCCACGGUCGCGUCCAGCGCUAUGCUGUGCCUGUCCAGCAGCGUGAAAUACGCAAAGUACCUCACCUCUACGGAUGCCGUUCGCUUCGCACUCUUCAUUCUCGCGUGCUUCCCGCUCUACGGCCAGGACAUCGACCGAAUGGAAGUCGAUGAAACUGACUUCGCGGCUGCCACCCGUGCCGCAGACGACGGCGACGAUGCCGCGGGAGGUCUCGCGCCGCCGCCCGCGCCUGCGGAUGCACCCGCCGCGCCAACCAAUCAAGGCGAUUCGCCGCGCGCUGAUCGGGCCCCCGCUGCAGAGGCCGCGGAGCCGGCGACAGAGGCGGAGACCGCUGGAGACAAGGAGGAGCCGACGGUGCCUGCGGCGGCCGGCUCCGACACGUCCCGGGGCGAGGCUGUCUUCACGGCCCUCGUCCAUCUCUUGUUUCAUCUGUCGCCUGAAGGCAAAAUGGCCUUUGUGUGUCUCGCGGCGGAAGUCCCUGAUCUGCUGUUCGAAAUGCGUCUCGUGCGCAUGACUAAGUGGUUCAUCAUCAAGACGCUGCGGCAGGCGGGCGCGUCAUACCGCAACAUCGACCGGCUGUGGCAGGCCGUUGCGCUGCUUGAGCUGCUGUACCUGGCGAACAUGAGGCCCGCGUCGCAUCGGGCGUACGCGCUGCCUCCAGCCUUGGGCGAGGAGGCGCGAGGCGACGGCAGUCUGAAGAUCCCCGUGGAGAAGUUCCACGUGGCGGCGAUCGCGCAGCUGGUUGACCCCAUCCGCGAGGUCGCCUUCUACUCCGACCUGAUUCAGCACACGCCGUUCAGCUUCGGCGACGGUCGAGACGCUUCGCGCGCCGGCGGGCUCCAGGCGGCCGCGACGCCAGCGCCCUCGCCCGCCAGCGCCUGCAGCGCCACGCCGCGGGAGAGUAGCCGCGUGGAGCAGGUCGAGGGCGCGGAGGAAGAGCCAGAAGCGCGCGAGGCAGGCGGCGGCCCGACCGCCGCAGAGGAGGCGGCAGGCGCGCGGCAGGGCGGAGACGCCGCGCCUGCGCCGAGCUCCCGCUGGUCGGAGGAGACAGGCGAGACGAGGGAAAAGCAGAACGCGACGAUUGCAAGCGAACCCCAGAAGGCUCCCAUGAGAGCUCGCUGGUCGGCGUUCGACGUCUAUCAGGACAUCGUGAACAGCUCGGAGCUGCAGCGGCGGUGGUGCUUCUUCAUGGCGCACAUGCACCUGUGCCCUCUGAAGUUCAAACGCAACGUCAUCGUGGUGGCGAACAUCUUUCGGCAGCACCAAACCGGCCUGCAGUCUCUUCUCGAGGCGCAGCUGCCCUUCCUCCUCCUCCGCGUACACCGCGGCGCGCUGGUUGACGACGCCGUCGCAGCUCUACAAAAGGCAGAACCUCGGCAUCUGCUGCGGCCGCUGAAAAUCGUCUUCGAGGGCGAGGAGGGCGUCGAUGAAGGCGGGCUCAAACGCGAGUUCUUUUCGCUGCUCACGCCGGAGCUUUUAUCGUCAGAGCGCCGUCUCUUCACUUACAAUCCGUCGGCGAGGACUUACUGGUUCGCGAACCUCGCGCCGGAAGAACUCGCCGAGAAGAAGAAAUACUACUGGCUCAUCGGGGCGCUUGCGUCCAUGGCGAUCUACAACGACAUCGUCAUGCCCCUGGCAUUUCCUCUGGUGCUUUACAACCGGCUCCAAGGCGGCUCAGUGGCACUCGAGGACCUAGCGGACGUGUACCCCGAGGAGAUGAACAGCUUUGAGAAGAUGCUGACAAUGGACAAACCCGACGAAUUCGAGGCCGCGUUCAGCACGCAGACGUUUGCGGUGGAUCUGGUGCGCGAUGGGAAGUUGGUUGGCGAAGUGCCGCUCAUGGAGGGCGGCGAAACCACGCCCGUCACGAUGCAGAAUCGCGCGCUCUUCGUCGCAAAGUACACAAACUACCUCCUCGUCGACGCCGUCAAGCAACAGUACGACGCAUUUGAGCAAGGAUUUCUGCUCUGCGCCACGCCGCUUAUUUCCCAACUCAGCGGUCGCGAGCUACAGCUGCUCAUCUGCGGCACGCCCGAGCUCAACUUCACGCAGCUCCGCGAGUCCGCCAAACUCGAAGGCUACGAGGCAGGUGACCCGUACCUGGAUUCGUUCUGGGAGAUUCUUUUAUCCUUCGACCUCUUUCAGAAACAGAAAUUCCUCAAAUUUGUCACAGGCAGCGAUAGGUCUCCGGCGUUCGGGCUGAAGGAGAUUCGCAUGACGAUUCAAAGGAACGGCGGCGAGCCGACUGAGCGUCUCCCGACGGCGUAUACGUGCUUCCACGUGCUGCUGCUGCCGCGCUACGAGUCUAAGGACAAGCUGCAGCGGCUCCUGCUCCGCGCGAUCGACGAGAGCGAAGGAUUUGGCAUGCAGUAG